GGGCGCCUUGGCACGUCCGCAGGCUCUGCCGGGCGGUGGCGGCCGCCGGGUCGCGAGGUGGGGCGGGGUGGGGCGCGCCGGGGGCCGCCCGCGCGGGCUUCAUCUGCGGUCGCGCGGCCUGUGCCUCAGUGCCGGGGACGCCGAGGCGCGGGGCGACGAGCUGCCGGAGUGGCUAUGGACCGCCGCUGGGGCCUCCUGAUCGGCUUUGUGGGCGCCGUGUGGCUGCUCGGCUCGGGCCAUGGCGGGCGGCAGCCCCCGGAGACGGCGGCGCAGAGGUGCUUCUGCCAGGUUAGUGGUUACUUGGAUGAUUGUACCUGUGAUGUUGAAACCAUUGAUAGAUUUAAUAACUACAGGCUUUUCCCAAGACUACAAAAACUUCUUGAAAGCGACUACUUUAGAUAUUAUAAGGUAAAUCUGAAGAGGCCGUGUCCUUUCUGGAAUGACAUCAGCCAAUGUGGAAGAAGAGACUGUGCUGUCAGGCCUUGUCAAUCAGAUGAAGUUCCUGAUGGAAUUAAAUCUACGAGCUACAAGUAUUCUGAAGAAGCCAACAGUCUCACUGAAGAAUGUGAACGAGCUGAACGACUUGGAGCUGUGGAUGAGUCUCUGAGUGAGGAAACACAGAAGGCUGUUCUUCAGUGGACCAAGCAUGACGAUUCCUCAGACAACUUCUGUGAAGCUGAUGACAUCCAGUCUCCUGAUGCUGAAUAUGUAGAUUUGCUCCUUAAUCCUGAGCGCUACACAGGUUACAAGGGACCAGAUGCUUGGAAGAUAUGGAAUGUCAUCUAUGAAGAGAACUGUUUCAAGCCACAAACCAUUAAAAGACCUUUAAAUCCUUUGGUUUCUGGUCAAGUUGUGGAGGCUGGGAAGUCCAAGAUCAAGAUGCCAGUGGAUUUGCUUCUUGAGAACACUUUUUACAGUUGGCUAGAAGGCCUCUGUGUAGAAAAAAGAGCAUUCUACAGACUUAUAUCUGGCCUACAUGCAAGUAUUAAUGUGCAUUUGAGUGCACGAUAUCUUCUACAGGAUACCUGGUUGGAAAAGAAAUGGGGACACAACGUUACAGAAUUUCAGCAGCGAUUUGAUGCGAUUUUGACUGAAGGAGAAGGUCCAAGAAGGCUUAAGAACUUGUAUUUUCUUUACUUAAUAGAAUUAAGGGCUUUAUCUAAAGUGGUACCAUUCUUUGAGCGCCCAGAUUUUCAACUCUUCACUGGAAAUAAAAUUCAGGAUGCAGAAAACAAAAUGUUACUUCUGGAAAUACUUCAUGAAAUCAAGUCAUUUCCUUUGCAUUUUGAUGAGAAUUCAUUUUUUGCUGGGGAUAAAAAAGAAGCAAACAAACUAAAGGAGGACUUUCGACUGCAUUUUAGAAAUAUUUCAAGAAUCAUGGAUUGUGUUGGUUGUUUUAAAUGUCGACUGUGGGGAAAGCUUCAGACUCAGGGUUUGGGUACUGCUCUGAAGAUCUUGUUUUCUGAGAAACUGAUAGCAAAUAUGCCAGAAAGUGGGCCCAGUUAUGAAUUCUAUCUAACCAGACAAGAAAUAGUAUCUUUAUUUAAUGCAUUUGGAAGAAUUUCUACAAGUGUGAAAGAAUUAGAAAACUUCAGGAACUUGUUACAAAAUAUUCAUUAAAGAAAAUGAGUUGAAAUGUGCCUGUUUCUGGACAAUGGAGGCCAAAGAGUGGAAUUUCAUUCAAAGGCAUAAUAGCAGUGAUAUCUUAAACCAAACAUUUUAUAUAAAGCUACUUUUGUAAAAGGGGAAUUAUGUUGUUUUAAGUAAACAUUUUUUUAAUUGUGUUAAGUCUAUGUAUAAUAUUAUUGUGAGUAAAAGUAAUACUUUGAUAAUGUGGUACAAAUUUUAAAGUUUAGUAUUGAAUAAAAUCAGGGUUAUCAAAUUCAUGUAUGGUAAAACUAAGUAAAUGAUGUUUUAAGUCUCUCAAACUAGAAUUCUGUGUAAGAAGGUGUAAUAUAAAUAAAACUAUGGCCAAUGUGACAAGUGUUUAAUAGGAAAAUGCUAACGAGGCUCAUGAAUGACCCAUAAUUAACAGCCUAAAAUUUUUCAGUACAUUUAGGGUUAUCAGAUAUAGUAAAUAAAAAUACAGUUAAAUUUGAAUUUCAGAUAAACAAGUAGUUUUUUAAUAUAAGUAUGUUGCAUGCUAUAUUUGGGGUAUACUUAUACCAAAAAAUUAUUCCUUGUUUAAAAUUCAAAUUUGACUGGGAGUUCUGUGUUUUAUCUGGCAACCCUAAAAUACAUUGGUAGGAAACAAAUCAUUGGAGGGUAUAUUGCUAUUUUCAUUGGCUUGUUUGGGUGUAUAGAAAGGUACAGUGACAACUCACAAGUCGUAGGGGAUCUCUACACAAUGUGGAAAUUUGAAUAAAUUUACAUAUUUACUCUCAUAAUGCUUUGCCUAAUACUGAACAGAAUUUGAGGGAAACUUUUAAUUUCUAUAUAAUUUCAAAUUUACAGAGGAGUUUCCAGGAUAGUACAAAGAACUCUUCUACCCACAUUCACUAAUUGUUCAUAUUUGCUUUAUCUUUAAUGCUUUCUCUGUAUAUAUACAUACAAAUACUAUUGUUUCCUCAAUCAUUUGAAAGUCAGUUAUAGGCCUCAUGCCCUUUGAACCCUAAAUACUUCAGUGUGUAAUAUACCAAAUAACUUUUUAAAAAUGUUUUUUUCAGAAAAAAACUCCUGUAACCCUAAUACUGUAAGCCUUAGAAAAAGGAAUCAUUUCAAGUUCCUGUCUCUAAAGUUCUUUUUGAAUUUUGUUGCCCUUUUCAUGCUUGAUCUAUAUAGUCAUAGGGCAAGUAAUGUUUGUCUUUUGUACAUGAGGUUCAUUUCAUUUUUCUCCCUAAAACUAAACCGUAAUUUUGGGAGGUUUUCAUUAGUGGAAGCUCUUCAAUGAUAAAAAUAUUUGAAGGGCUUUAAGAAUUUAUAUCACAUGGUAAUUGUAGGGAAAAAAGAAACUGUACCUCAAAAUCAUGUGUUUUCUUUGUCUUUGCAGGUAUACCAUGUUGAGAUGUCACAUUAUUAAUAAAGCAGGGUUUAUUUAUAUAAUGGUUUAGAAUUGUAAUUUUACACUGCUGUAGUUUUUCUUCUGUGUCCCUAAGGCCUUGUAUAGUGUCAAGCACAUAGUGGGUAUCCAAUAAAUAUUUAUUGAAUGUGUGAAUAUGUAACCAGUAUAUUUUAAAUGAAUAAUCACAGAGCUAAGUUUAACAAUAUAUGUUCUAUGUUUCUUUCCCCCUCGUUUGAAUAGGGCAGGAAAAGAAAGACGUUAACCUACUAAUUAAGUCAGUAUUCUUAGAGACUCCAAGGACUAUGAAGUGAGCAGCGUAUAUACAUUUUAAGGACCUUUGUAGCUGGGUUUAAGUGGCGACUUGGUCUGUGCACCUCUUGCUCGUGUUGUGUCCCUGCCCUUUUGUAUCAGCCAGUCUUGUUGAGAGAAUAUUCGUGUCUUCACUUUGUCACCUCCCACUUGCUCCUUAACUAAAAUCUGGCUUUUGGCUCCAUAGCUAACAAUCUCUUCCUUUGAAGUCUAAAAUCCCAAUUCAAAACCCACAGCUCAGUUCACAGGCCAGUUCUUAUUUUUUUUCUGCACUUGACACUGUUGACAGCCCCUUCUUUAAAAAUCUUUUUUUCCUUGGGUUCCUUAUGUUUCACUUGCUCCUGAAUGCCUCCUUUUUAGCCUCUUUUCAUUUAUGCCUUAAAUGUUAUUCCUGGGUUUCAUUCUUCCUCUAAUCACCACCCCUCUACUCUCGGGUAAUUCCAAUUCAACGAUUUCUAAGUUCUCCUUAGUCUAGAUUUCUUAAUCCAUCUGCCUACUGCAUAUCUUUACUUGGUUGUCCUAUAGACACCUGUGUGUCUUAAAACAAUCAUUCUCCCCCAAGUCUCCUCUUAUGCCUAUAUUCCUUAUCUUGGUAAAUUUCAGAACCAUGAUCAUCUAAAUUCCUUAGGCUUGCUCCUCUCCUGUUUCUCCCUCAUCCAGUCAGUGUCUAAGCGCUACAGAUUUUAUCUCCCUAUCUCUGAUGCAUCACUGUCUUUCCAUUUUCAUUGCUCUUGAGCUAGAGUACUACACUAACCUGUCUCCUUAUACCCAGCCUGUCUCCUCUCUUUUGCUCCACAGUGUUCCCAGGGUGGGCUUUCUAGAUGCAUUCUAACAGUGUUCUCCCUACUUAACACCCUUCAGUGACUUCACGAACCUUCAGGAGGAAGCCGAGCCCCUUUGCUGGGUGUUUCCCCUCCCUCGUGUUCUGGUAAACAGACUUACGGUUCUUCAGAUGCAUGGGGCCAGGCCUCGCUCCUCUGUGUGUGCUGCUCUCCUUGCGUCGAGUGCCCUGGCCAUCCCCUCCACCUGGACAAGUUCUGUCUCCUCGCAGGCCCGCACCAAACAUCACCUCAGUGAACUCUCCCUCACUCCAUCCAAGGAGGAUCCUCUAACUUCUUUUGUGUCACCACUGUAAUUACAACCUACCUCUAUUGUGUCACUGUACUGUAUUAUUUUUAUUUUUUAAAGCCUUCUUCACUAGAAUGUGAGCUCCUUAAGGGCAGGAAAAGGAACUUGAUCUAUUUUUGCAUCUCCAUAGCAUAGUUUUUGGCAUAUGAACACUUAAUGUUUGUUGAAUAAAUUGCUUUUAAAGUGACAA